GACAUGGCUGACAAGUCGUGGCAAACGCAGGCCCAGGUUACUCUUUUCCCUGGUCCCUCUGAAGCCCAACGACCAGCGUCUGCAAGUGCCGAAGGAACUGUACGGCCCGACCAUGGUGGUCCUCACGCUCAUCGCCCUACUGCUGUACCAGAUGAAGACGGCCGAUCACAGAGUGGAGGAGGGCACUCUGAUUGGCUCGGCGUUUGGCGUGUGCUUCAUGUACUGGCUGGGGGCCUCGUGCACCGUGUGGUUCGCCGCCUACGUCUGCAACAUUCGCUUCGCCGCGCUUCAGGUCCUCUCUAUGAUGGGCUACGGACUGUCCAGCCACUGCAUCGUGAUCUUGCUGGGCACUGUGUUACACACGUCUCACGACCACAUGUUCUUCUACCUGUUGUGGGCCGGGGUGGGCGGCCUGGCCACGCUGCGUAUGAAAUCUCGGACGCUCUCAACGAGAAGCUUGUUCCUGUGGCUAUGACCUACAACCAGCAGACAGACAGCGCAGCGGCUCUCGGACAGUUACCUGGCAACGACGCACCCCUGGUACACGAUGCCCCAAUUGUCGGCGGUGUGAGGGACGCGUUGAUUCCAAACGUUGCCCUGAAAGACGCUGCAGCUGCGGAGAGCCCUCUCUCGUUCGGGAAGUCUGCGUUAAAUGACACAGCGCUCAAGGUCGCAGUGAAGCCACAGAACUCCAUCAUUCUGGGAAAACUGAAAAACUCGGGAGUGAUCCAUGCGUUGAACGAGUGACAGGAGGGCUGUCUGUCGUUAUCUUGGCUCACCGAUGUCCAGGGAGGAAGAGAAAGACAGAGACAGAGGGAACCUCCUGUGUGGAACCUUUGACCUUUGGACACAUGGUGUAUUCUCAGACGUGGUGAAUCUUUUGUGGAUGAAUACAUAGAUAUGUGAGGCAUCGCGGUGAAAUCAGGCACUCGUCAGUUUGAGGGCAUAUAUGGAGUGAUUGGUAUCAUCUUAACGGUUGUUCAUUUCCCUUGCGUUCCAUGAAAGAAACAUCCAUUUCUCUUGAAGAGAAGUCGAGGUAUUUGCGAUUGAAGGAGGUUUGGUCGCCUGGUUUCGGAAAUAAAAUUAGUGAGAAAAUGGCCGCCAAAGUUGGGUGACUUUCAUAGCUUAAGAGUCCUUGGAAACUGCAAAUUUACUUUUUUUGUCCCUUUAUUUAAUGUUUUUCCACAAAAUCCACUCGUAAAAUGUUUUAAAUGGACAUACAAGGUGUUAAGCUAAAAAAAAAAA